GCGUGAAUUGGGCGUUCACGUGACGUGGCCAGCCAAUCACCGGCAGCGGCUGUGAGUCUUGGGCUUCUGCAGGGUUGUUAGACUUGUCAGACCUGCGGGUGUGCGGCAGCGACAGGAGCGGUGUCCUGUGUCCCGCUAACGCUACAUGGACUGAGCUCCGGCAACAUGACACAACAACCCAACGGGGCUGUCAGCAAUGGGACCAGGGAGCCGAGCAAGGGGCGCGACAAGGGGAGAAAAGAAGUCAAAAUUGUCAUAGUUGGAGAUGGAGGUUGUGGGAAGACUUCUUUACUCAUGGUCUAUGCCAAGGGAUCCUUCCCCGAGCAUUAUGCUCCAUCAGUCUUUGAAAAAUAUACAACCACUAUCACUAUUGGAAACAAGGAAAUCUUUCUGCACUUAUAUGAUACAGCAGGACAAGAAGAUUAUGACAGACUACGUCCUCUUUCUUAUCAAGAUGUUCAUUUGGUUUUAAUCUGCUAUGAUGUUACAAACCCUACCAGUUUUGACAAUGUAUUAGUAAAGUGGUAUCCUGAAGUGCAUCACUUCUGCCAAGGUGUGCCUAUCGUGCUGAUUGGCUGUAAAACAGAUCUGCGCAUGGACAAAGAACGCCUGCGCAAACUUAAAUCUUCUCAGCUGGAACCAAUCACAUACUUCCAGGGAGAAGCAACAUGCAAAACCAUACAAGCUGAGGACUACCUUGAAUGUUCAGCCAAGUUUCAGGAAAAUGUUGACAAUGUUUUUAGAGAAGCCACACUGGUUGCUCUGAAUGGGAUGAAAAAGGAACAGAGGAUGAAAAAGAAAAGCAGGAAUUGUCUGCUUCUCUGAGACUUUCUGUAUUUGAACUUCUAAUCGGAUUAUUUACUCUGGCACAUCAUGACACUGCCCGAACUGUGACUUAAAAAGUAUCCAGACUAUUUUAUUGUAAAUAGAUUUAAUUUUAACUACUAUUUUCCAAUCCGUGUCUCUUAUGCUGUUGAGACAAUUAGUAAAGUUUUUAUGAAAAGAGAAUAAUGUUGACACCGCAUCUGUUUGACUUGCAUACUGAUGGCCUAGCGAAAGCGUUGAGGAAGUUGGAGAUCUAUCGGUUAGCCUUGCACAUCAACCCCCAACCUGCAGGACUAUCUACGUGCAGUUUUUAUACUGGAUCAUGUUUGUCAACCUUUUUUAAGAGAAAUUUCAUAGAUUGCAAUGACAGCACCUUGUUAGAGCGCAACCAAAAAGCUAAAGAAUAAUGGUAUAAAUCUCCUGACCGGCUGUAUCUAUCGGCUCCCAACACAAGUUAAGGCUAGUGUUUGUCACCAGGAAUGAAUGAUUUUGCCCAAGUAGAAGAAGCGGAAAUCAAUACUCAUUUCAUUUGGCAGCAUUGGAAGAAAAAUUAAUCAAAACCAUAAAAAGUGUACAUCAUCCAACUGUGGAAAUAACACAAUUACAGCUUGUGCGGACAUCGGAAAUACUCCUGAGGUUUGACUCUCCUCACAAACAUAUGUACCAACAGGAGGGUGGGAAGAGUUAAUGAAAUGUGCCGGAAUAUGGCAAAGGUCUGCAGCUAUCCAUUUUCUUUUGGAUAAGUGCCUUGGCAGCUGUACCAUUUUUUUUUAUUAGUAAUUUUUUUGGGUAUAUUUUGCAGUUUAAAAAUGUUUGCCUUUGGUCAUUAAUCCUGUCCCAUACUAUCAGGUUUCUCUAACCAAGAAGGAUUGUGGAAAAUGUCUUUAAAACCACCCAGAUCCAAUACCCAUUUUAUUACAGAAGGGGAUACGGUCGUUAGGUUGACAUGUACUAGGUCGAAAUGUCGACAUGAAUUUUUCAAUUUUUUUUUUUCAUACUUAACGAUCCACGUGGACUACGAUUGGAAUGGUAACCUGUGCCAAGCGGAGCGAGGCACCUUGCCCGAAGCAUGCAAGGGGACACGGUGCACUAAUUUGGGUUCCCCAUCACUUUAUGGAGAAAACACCAAAAACAGUAAUAAAAAAAAAAACCUGUCGGCCUAAUGGCCAUGUAGACCUAAUGCAUGUCGACCGAAUGAGUGUCGACAUAAGUUGGGUCGACCCAUACCCUACAGAAGUGUGUGCAACCAUGACUGGUCUUUACACCUCCGGAUUCCCUAGGAAGAGGCAUGCUCAUUCAUUAGGGAUUACAAAAUUAAUAAAUACCCGUUGUCAUAUAGAAGGGAGGGGGUACUUAUCUACAGAUGUAUAUUACUAAAAGUCAAGGUCUUUUAAUAUACUCCUAUGGUAAAACUCUCCUAUGACAAUCCCUGGGGACUACAGUGGUUAUGCGCUAUCCAGAAAACCUGCAGUUAUUAAGGCAGUUACAUUAUAAGAUGUUGGGAUCACUAAAAAGCAGAAAUCACAAGGAUGUAAACUUGGUUCAAUGACCGAACUUUAAAAUGUUCUUAAAGUUUGCUUUGUUGUAAAACACAAUGGGAUGUUAUCCGUAUCCCGACAGCCACAAUGCCGACGAUGAGUAUUAGGGCUAGGAUGCGGGAGGGGGCAGUUAGGGUGUGGGAGGGGUAGUUUUAGGGUUACAAUACUCACCAGAAACCUUCAGCAUUCUGACUGUCUGGAUUCUGACCGCCAGCAUUUCGUAUCCAACCCAGAAAAAAUAAUUACUAUACAGAGUACUGACUAUGGUGUUAAAAAAAUAAUAAUUAUAUUUAUUGUAAAAGGGCUUUUUUUUUUUUUAAAUAAUAAAAUUGGAUAUUUAAUUUCUAGAUUUGUUAAGGAGUAUGUCAUACAUACAUGUACAGUGACCUACCUCUGCAUUAGGAAUACUCUCUACAUUCAGAACAGCAGGCAAAUCUUUUCUAAUGCAUAGAAAAUGUUCACAGUAAAAUACAAAACUUGAUAAAAAACCACCAUGCAUACCCGCACAUACACAUCCUUUUAUUCCAACUGAGCAAAACCAAAGUUUAUUUAGUAUUUCCUCCAGGUAGGCAGAUCCAGUAUUGUCUCAGGCCAUCAUGUUUAAUUACCGGGCCUGUGCUGGUUGUUUUCAACUUUCCCUAGUGGAUUGUGGCUGUGGGAAGACCAAUGAGUGACAGGUAAGGUCACAUCCACUGAAUGAUAAGCUGGUAUAUGUACAGGAGAAAUUUGCGUUCUUGUUUACCUGGCCUUUUUAAAGAGACAAAAUGUACAGGAUCUGCAUCUGUGGUCUAUAAAACCGAGGAGAUGGACAUGUUCUAGCUCUCCUCCACUGUUAAAAUACUGCAGUGCCAACUUUUUUAAAAUAUAAAAAAGAAAAAUAAUUAAAAAAAAAAGUAACUUAAAAUCUGUUUAUUACCAUAAUCAACUAAAUGGAUUCAUAUUUUGCUGUCUGUCAGCUGCUAUGUUAUAGAUUACAACCCAUGCUUUACAUUGUCAGUGUUAGGAAAACUAACUAAAACUUGAUUCUCAGUCAGGUUGGUACAGUCUGCAAUGGCAAAAUUGCUGCUUAUAGUUUUCUUGAUUAAAAUAAUUAAGACAGCUGGACAAAAAUGUCAGCAUGUAAUGAACACACUUUUCCAUGAGUAAGUAGAGCUAUUUUAAUAUUUAUGGAAAUACAGUAUUGUUUAGUUCGUCAUCCUCUACCGCCUCAUUCUUAUCUUUCAAAGUUAAAACAAGAUGCCCAGAUUCCCAUCUUCUCUUAUGAGCAUAAGUUAUAAGAAUGAUCAUGGUACAUUUGCUGCAGAGAAUCUCAUAACUACAUCAUAUUUUCACAAGUGAUUAUAGUUCUAAAAAAAAAAAAAAAUGUACAUUAUUGAUUUGUUAUAUAGAUCAUAUAUAAACUUUGACCACUUACCUGGCAUGGUUGUCACCAAUGUGACCAGUCAAAAACAGCAACUGGUAGCUUCUGGAAGAUUAUCAUCUGGCUGCCACCCAAUCUCAGUGGGACCUCCAAAACCCACUGCAUCCACAUACACCUCCCCCCUCCUUCAAUAUCUGCAGCCAGGCAGUACCACAACCCGGCGGCUGCAGAGAGGAGUACCCAGCAGGGUUGUAAAUGAAGCAACCCUAAGCCUUUAAAAAAUGUUUUUGAGAAGUUUUAAAUAGAUGUUCUGAACCUAAUACGGUCAUAAAAAAAAAAUACAAUUUCUGAACAAAAUCUUAGGCAAUAAGUGGUUAAGACUAUGUAAUAUUAAUGCCCAUCUAAGUUAAUUCCUCAAAUUGCCUUUUUCCAUGCAGAGUUACACUGCUUUUUAUGGUUCUCUUUGUAGCUUUACACCUCAGAGUGCAUUACACCCAUGAAUACAAAAGGUGGAGUCAGAUUUUCAGGUUUCCUUUAUGAUAUUUGCAAAUGACAAGCAAUUUCUAAUACAAACCAAAAACCUAUAAGGGUUUCAUAAAUUCUACCAAUACUCUUCUAAACAUGACUAAAUGUUCUUUUGCAGCAAUACUGCCCUCAAACCCCCCUCCCCCCCCCCCACCACUAGU